GCUCAUCUCUAGCUUCAGCCUCCUCUUCAAAACCCAUAGAACUGGCAAAAUAAAAAAAAACGAAUCAAGCGCUGAUUUUACCGAAUCUCUUUACUGAAUCAGCAUAUUAUCAUAGUCCAUAUAGUCCGGCGUUCGAACGGAUCACCAUGUCGCACACCAUCCUAUUGGUACAGCCGGGUGCUCGUCCGGAGACCCGCACUUACUGUGACUACGAGAGCGUCAACGAGUGCAUGGAGGGCGUGUGCAAGAUCUACGAGGAGCACCUGAAGCGCCGCAAUCCAAACACUCCGACCAUUACGUAUGACAUUAGCCAGCUAUUCGAUUUCAUCGACACAAUGGUGGACAUUAGCUGCAUGGUUUACCAGAAGAGCACCAAUACCUAUGCGCCCUACAAUAAGGAUUGGAUCAAGGAGAAGAUCUAUGUGCUGCUCCGUCAGGCGGCAUUUAGUUCCAAUACCUAAAGGGACGGCGAUGCGACAAGAUACAUACAUAUAAAACCAAAUAACACGAUGAUGCAUGCAUCAAUGCGUGCAACACUAACGACAACAACACGUUGAUGUAUGCAACAAUGCGUGCAAUAGCAACUACAACAACAACAACAAUACGAGGAUACAUGCAACAGCGCUUGGAACAGCAUCCGCAACGGCCACAACACCAUAACACCAAUAACACCAACAAGAUGAGGAAGAAGAAGAAGAUGAUGAUGGAGUGGUGGGGCAUCGAUUCCAUUGGAGACUUGCUGCUACCGACUAGAUCGCCAAAUGACAGCAACUUUUUUUUGCAACAUAACGCAAUGCAAAAAAGGAAAAGGAACACAAAGAGAACGAUAAACUGUAUAACUUAGAAAUGGAAAACUUACUUUAAACGUACUAAUAUAUAUAUAUAUAUAUAAAUAUAUAUAUAGGCGUAUAUAUAUAUAUAUACUGUAUAUACACCCAACUGACAACUGUGUGUGUUUUUGUGUGUUUCAAUGUUUUUUUGUGCGGCAGCCACAGGUGACGGUUGUUCUUAUCGAUAGCGAACUGUAUGUUUGUUUGUUUGUAAAACCGAAUGGCAAAUUUGCAAGUGUGCAUUUUUUUUUUGUAUGUUUUGCCGUGUGUGCUAGCUUAAGUCUUUGCAAUCUAUCGAAUAAUAAACUAACACAUCAGGACACACUGAGCAUAUAUAAACAUAUUUGUAAACUACUGAUUCCCCCCCCCCCCCUUUAUCAUUUGAACUUAGUUAAACAACAACUUUUAGCCCGCUGAUUUUGCACACCGAUGGGCUUUGUGGCGUUUUAACGGCUUGUUUUAAGCAAAACAGAACCUUUGGUCGCAGAUGCGAAAUGACCUUGAGAUGCUGGUUGUUGUGUGUGUGGUGAGGGGGGAGGGGUAGGGGUUUG